AGAGCAGAGUAACAGACUAAACGGGCCAGUAAAGCAACCGAACGCCUGCCCCGAACUCUGACAGAGAACUCGAGAGAAAAACUGAAACAUCUGCUGAAGAAACCAGUUCUUUUGGAAUUUACUGCUGAGCUCCAGCUUCUGUCUGUUUUCAUUUAAAGAUUUUUUUUGCAACAAGUCAGACCUGCACGUAACUUUAAACUGAGUUUUGCACUGGAUUUGAUCCUUCGUUAGAUCGUUUUUUUAUGCGUUUGGACACUUUUAUGGAAGUUCAAAGACAGUUUGGUGAUUUGUAGACUUUAAAAAAAAAAAAAAAAAAAAAAGGAUUUACUUUGUUUCCUCGUAGAAACUUCAGUGUCACACUUUCUUUCCACUUGUGGGAUUUCACGGUUAAAUCAUGUGGUUUUUACGCGUGUCCAUUGGUUUGAUUCUGUGCGUCGGCGCGGCGCACAGCGCGUGGGAGGAGAGCACCGUGGUGCCGGUCAGACUGGACCCAGCGGCCCGGGCGCAGAGCGACGCCGAAGAAUGGCGGAGUCUCUCCGCGGAGGAGAAGGAGAAGGUGGCGGAGACGAGGCUGUACCGGUUGGACGUAUUUGGCACUCAGCUGAUCUUGCAGCUAGAACCAGACCAUACCUUCCUCGCGCCGGGGUUUGUCUUCCACAUUGUGGGGACUCCCGAGCCGACCCAGGAACCCAAGAGCGGAGCAGAGCCGGGCUGCUUCUUCUCCGGCACGGUGAAUGGAGAGGAGAACUCCGCCGCUGCGCUCAACCUGUGCCACGGGCUCAGAGGCGGAUUCUACUUUCAGGGUGAAGAGUAUUUCAUCCAGCCCCUCAACUCCACUGAGCAGGAGGAGCAGCAGCAGCAGGAGGAGCAGGAGGAGGAGGAGGUGGUGCACAUGAUCCGCCGGAGAGGUCGGCCAGCUUUGGCUGAGGAGGGGAGCUCCAAGUGCGGGGUCAACGAGGACGAGGCGAGGGUGCCAAAGAAUCUGGAGAAAGAAGCGACGCGCACGCAUGCAAACGCAGAGCAGACAGCUCACCACAGAACCCGGCGCUUCGUGUCCACGCCGCGCUACCUGGAGAUCAUGCUGGUGGCCGACCAGUCCAUGGCAGAGUUCCACGGCGCGGGCCUCAAACCCUACCUGCUGACCAUCAUGGCGGUGGCGUCGCGCCUCUACCGCCACCCCAGCAUCCACAACUCCAUCAGCCUGGCGGUGGUGAAGCUGCUGGUCGUGUACGAGGAGGAGCGCGGCCCUCAGGUGUCGUCCAACGCCGCCGUCACCCUGCGCAACUUCUGCCAGUGGCAGCGGCAGCACAACCCGGCGAGCGACCGACACCCGGAGCACUACGACACCGCCGUGCUCUUCACCAGAACAGACCUGUGCGGCGCUCAUUCGUGUGACACUCUGGGGAUGGCGGACGUUGGCACGGUGUGCGACCCGGACAAAAGCUGCUCCAUCGUGGAAGACGACGGACUUCAAGCUGCGUUUACCGUCGCACAUGAACUGGGCCACGUCUUCAACAUGCCCCACGACGACGCCCAGCUCUGCUCAGGGGUCAACGGACCGCACUGGGGCUCCCACAUGAUGGCCUCCACGCUGUCCAACCUGGACCAGCAGCAGCCGUGGUCCCCGUGCUCCGCCCUCAUGGUCACCACCUUCCUGGACAACGGCCACGGCCAGUGUCUCCUGGACAAGCCCGUGAAGCCUCAGCCGCUGCCCCAGCCGCUGCCCGGCACGGUCUACGACGCCGACCACCAGUGCCGACUCACCUUUGGCGACGACUCGCAGCAUUGCCCCGACCUGAGCACCACGUGUGCGGCCCUGUGGUGCACCGUCACCACGUCCAACGGUCUGCUGGUGUGUCAGACCAAGAACUUCCCCUGGGCUGACGGGACGCCGUGUGGACAUGACAGCUACUGCCUGGCUGGACAGUGUCUGACCAAGAGCCAAGCUGCCAAACACCAGACUCCUGUGAACGGUGGUUGGGGGAUGUGGGGACCGUGGGGCGACUGCUCCCGGACCUGUGGAGGGGGAGUGCAGUAUUCCUUCCGCACCUGCGACAACCCUUUGCCCAAGAACGGGGGCAAGUACUGCGAGGGCAAGAGGAUCCAGUACCGCUCCUGCAACACGGAGUUGUGCCCCGAUAACAACGGCCUCUCCUUCCGUGAAGAGCAGUGUCUGGCUCACAACGACAUGUCAGCCCAAGUGUCGCUGGGUUCCGGAGAGGGAGUCGAGUGGGUGCCCAAGUACGCCGGAGUGUCACCCAAGGACCGAUGCAAGCUGGUGUGCAGGGCCAAAGGAACCGGAUACUUCUUUGUCCUCAAAUCUAAGGUGGCUGACGGCACGCCCUGCAGCCCGGACUCCACCUCCGUCUGCGUGCAGGGUCAGUGUGUGAAGGCCGGCUGCGACCGCGUUAUCGGCUCCUCGCAACGCUUCGAUAAGUGCGGGGUGUGCGGCGGCGACGGCUCCACCUGCAAGAAGGUGUCCGGCUCUCUGGACCGCGCCAGGCCUGGGUACCAGGAUGUUGUCACUAUCCCUGCUGGUGCCACCCACCUGGACGUUAAGCAGCGUGCCCCAGGUAACGGUCGUCACGACAACAGCUACCUGGCGGUGCGUCGCCAGGACGGAAGCUACCUGCUGAACGGUAACUACAAACUCAUGACCAUGGAGACGGACAUCACCCUGCGCGGGGCGCUGUUGCGCUACAGCGGCUCUGCUGCCGCGCUGGAGAGGAUCCGGAGUUUCGCGCCGCUCCCCGAGGCCGUCACCAUCCAGGUGCUGUCUGUCGGAGAAGCCCCGAGGCCCCGGGUCAAGUACAGCUACUUCACCCCGAGACCCAACAACGCCGCUUCCUCCUCCAGUAACAGCGGACGCCGCCAGUCCAUCAAUGCCAUCCGAGAGGUGGGCGGAGCCGAGUGGACCCUGAGGGAGUGGGGUCCUUGUUCCCAGACGUGUGGCGGAGGCGUGCAGCAGAGGGAGGUGGUGUGCAUGGACGCCAUGGGCCGUCCCUCCAGAGACUGUCCAGAGGAGCUGCGUCCGCUGGCCUCGCGGUCCUGCUCCUCCCAGUCCUGCCCCUCCUGGCUCCUCGGAGAGUGGUCCAUCUGCUCUAAGACCUGCGGACGAGGCUUCCGUAAACGCCAGCUGCGCUGCAUCGGCCACGACGGACGCACGCUCACCCACGACAGCUGUGACCCCAAAGACCGGCCGCGACCCCUGCUGGAACUGUGCAAUCAGGGAGUGUGUUAAGGGACCGCGUCGCAAUGUCUAACCUCCCGCUCAUCCAGCCAGCUUUGAGAGAGUAAUCAGACACCGACUCUGAUCUUCACUGCCUCUGAUGAAUGUUUACACCCAGAGCAAGAGUGCUGCAGGUUCCCGGGACAGUCCCAGAGGACGGCGAGCGUUAAACUGAGCGUGUGAGGAACCACACGGACACUGAACCACCGACCGACCACAGCUGUGCUGCUCCUCCUGUCUGUCCUCAGCACGGCGCGUCCCUAAAGUCCUAAAGAGAGCAUGCUGCUUACCGUGCCAACGUCAUGCUUCAGUGUGUGUGUGUGAGUGAGUACAAGUGUGUGGAUGUCAGAUUUUUAAAUGGUGUUUGUCCAAGCUGGGCUGGACAGAUACUUCAAGUGAUAGUUCAGGGGGUUUUAUUUUUGAAGUGUGGUCAUAUGCACAAGGACAUGAGGAAGAACAGGUUUUAGCCACUUAACUAAACGCUGACACCUGCAUGCGUCUAUGACAUCUUAAGAAUAUGUUUGCUGGUGUUUUCUUUGUAAGUUUGUAAACCCCUCAGUGAUUUAACAUCACAGCACACAGGAGCUGU